AUGGUUCCCGUGUGUGUGGGGUUUAGAAAUGAAGAUAAAGGCAUCUGUGCAGCACGAACACGAGUUAAAUACCGAUACCACCUCUAUAUGCCUCCUCACAAAAUGUCAAUUUGGAUUAAAACCCGGAGAAGGGGACAGAAAUGCGAUAUCCGUUCCGCAGGGACAGACGCCGCACUCAUUAUUUUUGGGUAUCGGGAGAUAUUUGUCCAAGGUACAGCGACCAAAUCUUUGGGACAGCAGCUAGUGAGGAAGGGGAAAGCAUUGGUAGAGGAGCAAAUCCAUAUAACUUGGGCCAACACGAUAGCCAUGAGAACGCGAGAUUCUCCACUCAAGCUCCUCACCAUUGAGACUUUGAAGGGGGAGAAAUAUUAUUAUGGAGACCUUCCUUUCAGGCACGUCGGCGGUAGUACGCGGACAAUGCCAACGGAAGAACAAACCGGAAACGUGCGGAAUUGCCCCAAGAGCUGGAUGGAAAUAGUCAACCACGUUGGACGAUUUGUAUAA